AUGUUUCCCUUUUCAUUUUGGAUGUUCCCUAAUUGGAGUUGGUUCUGCAUUUUUCUGGCGCUAUUUCUCUUCCGCUACGUGCGGCUAUGGGUCAAUCUAGCGGCGAAUUGGUUCUACACGCCGAUACAGCCUGUCGACGAGCCGACCAUCACGUCCCAAGACAUGACCGUUAUCAUUCCGACCGUUGCCGAGGAUAUCCAGCAGCUGAAGGAGACGGUGCAAACCGCCUACCGCCUGGAGCCUUUCGAACUGCUUCUGGUGACGCCGGACUCCAGAGUCAAGCGUCUAUAUCAGAUGGUUGAAGAGCUGGGCUGCCCCAAGAAGAUCCAAGUGCUCUCCGUCAGCCAGGCGAACAAGCGCCGGCAGCUGUCUCGAGCGAUCCCAGAGGUCCAGACGAAGAUCACACUUCUCUUGGAUGAUGAUGUCUGGCUCCCCGAGAAGUUCACCAAAUGGAUCCUCGCCCCGUUCGAGGAUUCUCGCGUGGGCGGGGUGGGCACAAACCAGCAGCUUCGGCGGUGCAACCGCUCGAACAUCUGGGAGUUCCUGGGAGCAAUAUACCUGGUCCGGAGGAACUUCGACUGCACGGCCUGCAACUGGAUUGACGGUGGCUUGCCGUGUCUUUCUGGACGCGCCGUGGCAUAUCGGUCGGAGAUCCUGCAAGACCCCAAUUUCACCUACGGCUUCACGCACGAGACGUGGGGCAGCGACCACUUCCUGAAUGCCGACGACGACAACUUCAUCACCCGCUGGCUCUUCUCGCACGACUGGAAGAUUCAAUUGCAGAACCACCGCGAGUGCGAGGUGGAGACGACGCUGGAAGACGAUUCCAAGUAUCUGCGCCAAUGCCUGCGGUGGGUGCGCAGCAACUGGAGGAGUAACCUGACCAGCCUGAGCGAGCUGCAUAUGUGGUUAAACUACCCGUGGUCUCUGUACGCCGUGUUCCAGACGACGCUCACGCAAUGGGCCUUCCUGUACGACUGCCUGCUGGUCGCGUCCUUCUACUUCACACUGUCUGAGGCUGGGUACGCGGCCGUGCAGGACGAGAGUGCCGGCGCCGGGCGGUGGCAGCGUAAUGUCCUCUGGGCCCUCUUCCUCGGCCAUUGGCUGUUCUCGAAGACGAUCAAGCUAGUCCCGCAUUUGUUAAGAAACCCGGGCGACGUCCGCUUCGUGGCCGUGUCGGUCUUGUUUGGGUAUUUCCACAAUCUCAUCAAGCUGUACGGCUGCAUCACGGUGACAGAGACGACGUGGGGCACCCGAGAGGGAGCCGAUGCAGACGACAACAUCAGGAUGAUUCCAAUCCCCCCAAUGGCAGCGAUAACGCCGCCACUGACACCGCCGCCGCAGGGACGGAUGCUCCGCGAGCGCGGUGCGCUCAUGCCG